AGUUGCUUUCCGCUCUUCGGACGGCUAAUACCAUUUAGCGCAAGCUUGGUGUUUACAAGCGCACGUGUAACACGUGACAAUGUGUUUGACAACAAACAAAACCGCGGCGAUUUUCAGACCCGUUUUUUCGGAUAUUUGAUUUUUCGGUAUAAGGACGAAGGAAAAAAAAAAUGACUUUAUGUGCGUUUGCUUAUUUAUUAAGUGAAGUUAAUUAAUUUAAUUUUUAAUCGGUUUUUUUGUGACUGUUUAUAACACGAUGUAUUUAGGAAACAUUUUUUUUCGGUUAACGCCAUUUAUCUUUUUGACGAACGUGUGUGGUUCGCAGAAGUUUGACGAGUCGCUAAAAAUUGAAAAACGACCGCAAAAGUAUCCUCUGCAGGUGCACCAAAUGUACAAAGACCAAAUACUAAAGAAAAUACCAAAGAUAUUAGGCGAGUGGUCAGAAUGGUCACCGUGGUCUCCAUGUUCGAGAAGUUGCGGCGGUGGUAUCACUCAACAAACUAGGCACUGUGUACAUAGAUCUGCAGACUCGAGGUUCAUCCGCAGACAAAGACGGCGACGUCAAAAUGGUAAAUACCUGGGUAACGGCUGCGUAGGUCUUUAUAAGAGGAUUCAUUUAUGCAACAAUCAAGAAUGUCCGAAUGGUCAAGAUUUCCGCUACGAACAAUGUGCUUCAUUCAACAAUCGAUUAUUCAGAGGUAAUCGAUACCAAUGGGAACCAUUCUUCAAAGCAAAAGAUGAAUGCGCUUUAAACUGCCGAGCGAUCGGAAUGAAUUUCUUCGCGACAUUAAAUAAGACUGUUAUUGACGGGACUCCUUGUUUGUACCCCAUAACUCAUACGGGAAAAGCAGCCCCUAAAGGGACGAGAGGUAUCUGCAUCGAUGGUUUUUGCAAGGUUGUGAACUCUCAUGGGGUGAUUGGUAGUCUAGACGAUCACCAAGAAGAAUGUUCUGCUUGUCUGAAAGGAUCGUGCAGAAGUGUCAGUGGAAUCUACACAAGACCCGAUCUACCACCGGGUUAUUCGCUGGUGGCACAAAUACCUGCAGGAGCUUGCAGGAUCUUAGUUCAGCAGUUGAAACAUACCAGAAAUUUUAUGGCUUUAAAAGACAUCAACGGAUCUUACAUCGUAAACGGAGACUGGAAAUUGAGCAACAGUCGCGUAUAUAAAGGAGCCGGGACUAAGUUUGUUUACAUCCGUCAGGAUGAGAAUUCUUUGGAAACGUUGACAUCACCAGGUCCUCUAGCAGUUGCAGUUGACAUAAUGAUUGUCAACUAUCAGUCGAAUCCCGGUAUCAAAUACGGUUACUCCCUACCGAUUAUUGCCGAUUUGGCACCGCCGCUUAUGAAACGACCGAACAUAAUCGAACCGACCGUUUUGGAAACGAAACAAAUCGACAGUUUAGCUUUUAACACUUCUUUAACACAAAGAGACGAAGCUAGACCUCCCAUUCCGAUACCAGUCAUUCGAAGACCGAGAUUAAGAAGAAAACAUUUCACUUGGAAAUUGACUGGACUCACUGCCUGUUCUAAAUCUUGCGGCGGAGGUUUGCAAAGUUACGUAAGAAGUUGCGUCAGAGAUUUCGGACAUUCGCAGGCACCUGCACCGGAUAGAAGAUGUUCCCAUAUUCAUUCUCCUUUACCGGCACCUAUAGCGUGCAAUACUGAUCCCUGUCCUCCUUCGUGGGAAUUCCAUUGGAGUCAGUGCAGCGUUUCGUGCGGCGAGGGAGUACAAAAAUAUACGCCUCAAUGUAAAAGAGAUUCUGUUGUUGUUAACGAAGCGUUGUGUUUGAAACCGAAACCUACGGCGCCAACCAGACCUUGUAAAGGAGAUUUUUGUGAUAAUACCAACGAUAACGAGCUACCACGGAAUUUCAAUGGAAACGAAGAUAAAUAUGAUUGGGAAACUGGACCUUGGUCUUCGUGUUCGGUAACGUGUGGUACCGGUCAUCGAACUAGAUCAGUUACUUGCCCGUCUGGUCGAUGUUCAUCUGAAGAUAGACCGACACACGUGGAAUACUGCGAAAUGGAAUCGUGUACUGCACGUGAAACGGCUUAUCAUUCGUCCGCCAGUAGAUCAAUAUCGACGUGGUUAUUGUCGGAUUGGAGUCAGUGUUCAGAAGCUUGUGGUACCGGCAUACAAACGCGUACGGCAGUAUGCGGACUACAAGAAAAAGACGCUUGUCCAACAGAGACCAAACCCGAAUUAUCUAGAGCUUGUUCUAGUGAAAAACAAUGUAAUGCGCAAUGGUUUAGCGGUCCAUGGGGUCCUUGUUCGGACGCGUGCUCCGGUAGAGCGAAACAGAAACGCGAAGUUGUGUGCGUCGUAAAAAUUCGAGGAGCCCCCCAUAUAGUCAACGACAUAACCUGCCCAUCUCACUUGAAACCUAACGAGGAACAAGCCUGCGAUGGUACUUGCCCUCCCCGUUGGUAUUUCGGCGAUUGGAGGCAAUGCGAAGGUACUUGUCCGAUCGGUAUCCAGAGGAGAGAAAUAAGAUGUUUGGAUCCGUACGGAAGAAACGUCGAAGGAUGUCCGGAAAACGAUAAACCAGUGGGAAAAAGGACGUGUCCUUGUGAAUCGGAUAGCAAGGGGAGAUACAAACCUGUUCAAGACGAACCAAUUGAUCGAUACUGCGUGGACAAAAUCCACAAAUGCAAAUUGGCCGUACAAGCGAGAUUAUGUCAUUAUCCUUACUACGUAACAAAUUGUUGUGAAUCUUGUAGAAGAGCCCAAGAACAGUCGAAAUAACCAGCUGUGAUUGGAUAAUAAGAAAAUCGUUUAGGUAGGAAAAAAGUACUGAAAAAGAAAA